AUGAGCUGGCUCAAUGCUCUCUUGUCUCAGGUGGCCUUGUUGUCGCUGGUUCUGAUUCUGGUCAUCCUUGCCAUUGUCUUCCUCAUCAUACUCAUCGUCCUAUGGAGAAAAAAACCCCGUUACGAAGUUCGCUGGAAGCUGAUUGGUUCUGCGAGUCCUGAUGGACAAGAGUUCACCUACCUGGACCCCGCCCUCCUGCCUUACGACGCCUCAUGGGAAAUACCAAGAGACAACAUAGUACUAGGUCAGGUGUUGGCUUCCGGUGCUUUCGGCCGAGUCAUGGAAGCGACUGUUUCCGGUCUGCCGGAGUCCCGGACGCCGAACAAAGUGGCCGUGAGGAUGGUGAAAUCCAACAGCGGCGCAUGUCAGGCCUUGCUGUCGGAGUUGAAGAUUUUGUGCCACCUCGGUCCUCAUCUGAACGUGGUCAACCUGCUGGGCGCCUGCACCACAGGAGGUCCCAUCUAUGUCAUCACUGAGUUCUGUUGCCAUGGAGACCUGGCGACUUACCUGCAAAGCCACAAACAUACCUUUAUACCUAACGACGCACACACCAAGAGAGAGGCCGACGGAGGUUACAUGGACAUGAACAAGCAGGAGGGCGGAGACGUGCACGAGAUCACCGACGUGUCUGAGAACGUGCGCAUGCUGCCAGACCAGCAGGAGGCAGCAUCGGUCCUCUUCAGCGACUCUCCGGUCCUUGGCCCUAACAACCUCCUCAGCUUCUCCUACCAGGUCGCCUGCGGCAUGAACUUCUUGUCCUCCCGUAACUGUGUCCACAGAGACCUGGCGGCUCGGAACAUUCUGGUGUGCGAGGGGGGCCUGGCCAAGGUUGGCGACUUCGGCCUGGGUCGUGACCUCCUGAAGGAGGAGGAUUACGUCGUACAAGGACAGACUUUCCUGCCACUCAAGUGGAUGUCGCCUGAGAGUCUCUUCCAGAAUAUUUACUCCACCCAAAGUGAUGUGUGGUCCUACGGAGUUCUACUGUGGGAGAUCUUCUCUUUGGGAGAGAGUCCAUACUCGGAACUUACCAGGACCCAACACUUCUACUCAGCACUGAAGAGAGGGCAUCGCUUGGCACAGCCCGAACACGCCAACUCUGACAUGUACGGCAACACGUAUGACAACAUGUAUGACGUCAUCCCCCGGCCGGCCGCACCAGAGACCCCGGGGACGGAAAGAUGGCUCCCCAUGUUGACCAGGUUUUUGGGGGAGGUUGACCUGGCUUACAUCCCACCUGAUGACGUCAAGGGUUGUGUCUUGGGGUCAGAGGUCAAUGAGUUUUAA